CCUGAGCUCGUGAAAAUACAUCUCUCUCAAAUUUGUUCCCCUUAUCGUUUGCCUUCAUUAUUCGCAUCUUUCGAGUUCCCCUCAUAGAUUCCUGUGCAAGAUAGUGGUCUCGUUUUGCGUUAUUUGGAUCCGAGUUUCUUGGAGGGGGAAUAAUGACCUCCAAUUUGAUUAUAUUCCCAUGAUUUCUGUUUUCUGUCAAUUGUGAAUUUUGGCUCGUAUUCGAAAGCUCAAAGCUUUUUUUUCUUUUUCUUUUCCUCUUUUAUGAUUAUCAGAAAAAAAGCUUUCGCGUUCACAAACUUUUCUUGUUACAAGAAUUUUUCGGAAUUUUAGGGUUUUGUGUUGAACUAGAAAGUUCAAAGAAAGAACGGAACCAUGGGAAGAUACCACUUUUCACCUGUACAACAUGUGCAAGUUUGACUCAUGGUUGCGAUUUUUAUUGCAGGUUGGAGUGAACUGGAAAAAAGUGAUCCUGAGACUUUCUCCGAAACCGAUCAAGAAAGAAAAGGACAAAGCAGCGAGUUUUCCGUUCCAGAGAGAGAAAAUCCCCUUUGCACAAGCUGUCCGGGACUUUGACCCUUUUUUAAUCGUCUCUGUUUUGUGAAGCUUCUCCUUUUUUCUUCCUCAUCCUUAAUAGCUCUUCAGUUUCAUCUGUUUUUCUCCCUCUGUUUUGUUUGUCUAUCUAAAAUUUGUUCCCCAAAUCGAGGAAUGGGAAUAAAGGUUGCUGCGACUUGUUUGCAUUGGUCGCAGUCUGUCGUUCCUCACUCACCUUCCUCUUCUCAAACACUCGCCUCUGCAAUUGUAUCUCCGUCGAAAAGACGAGGCAGAAACGACCGAACUAUUGUCUGCCAAAUUGUUCCUCGAGGCGACCAGUCGUCUCUAUUCCGAACGUCAUCGAUAAGGUUCUUGAGGUCAAGGUCUUGCGAGUACACAAAAACCAGAGGCCAAACGUUAAAGAGAGCUGCCAGCGCCAGUUCAGAUGGGUCAUUUUCUGAGGAAGAAAUGGCCGAGCACAUUCGAGAAUUAGCGUUCAAGUUCUUUUCAAAUGGGGACAGCGAAAUUAUAAACAAUAAAGAUAUAGAAUCAGAUGAAGCCGGCAAUUCGAGGGAUGAAGAAAGCGGAAGCCACAACGGUUGCUUCAAUGAAGAUUUAUUCAGAAUGAGUAGUAUCAUAAACCCUGUACAGAUUCCCAUACCGUUUUCCCCUUGGAAUCUUCUUGAUUCUGUAGAGACUCCGUGGCUGGGGAUCAGUCCAGAACCCCCCGACUGGCCGGAAAGGGAUGACAUUAUCCCGGCGAACAUAGAGCGGAAGGCGAACAGCGUUAAUCUUCCCCUGUCCCUUCGGAUGAUAAAGAAGAAGAGGCAAUGGAAAGAAGGCUUCAGAGAAGCUGGUGAAUCCGCUUAUUGCUCCGUGAAGAAGGCCUUCUCUUCCAUGGUAUUCAUCAUCCGAGAGCUUCACAGUUAUGCUUUGCAGAUGCGGGAGAUCCUUUUCUACGAAGAUCUGCAAGGGAUUCUGGAUCGAGUGCAGAAGGAGAUGCACGCUUCGUUCGUCUGGCUCUUUCAACAGGUGUUCUCACACACGCCGACUCUCAUGGUCUACGUCAUGAUCCUUCUAGCCAACUUCACCGUGUACUCGAUGCGUCACAACACCGCCAUUGCAGCACCAACAAUGGCGUCGGGGUAUUCGGGCGCCACGGUGGAGACUGUAACGAUGACUGACAUCAGGAAUCAAAAGCAGUCCAAGUUUGAUGGUUCGACGAUUAAGACGUUUUCUGUUUCGUCUUCGGCUGGUAAGAGCACCUUCGUGGGGGGAAGCAAUGGUGGAGGUGGAAAGGUCCGCCCGGUGGCCAGUGGGACCGAUGGUGAUGGCCGAUUCGACGGUUCAUCAUCGUGGAACGAGAAUCGAACCAUUGUGCCAGACGAGAUAUCUCGGGUGUCAUCUUUUGGGAACCCUACGUCGACACAGGAAGGUGGGGAGUCGGAAACGGUUAUGGAAUCAGAGAGUCAGGAGGGGACGGCGAGUGAAGAAGAGGUGAAUCUAUGGAAUGCAAUCGUGGAGGAAGCAUGUAGACUGCAAGAGAGCAUGAGGGACGAGGCUCUGGACCACGAGACAACGCAACGGUUCGUUUCGCCGAUAAAGGUGGAGAUUGAGCCGGAAGACUACACAGAUUACUUGAGGACGGAACUCAUGUAUCAGCUGGCCUUGUCCCAAGAGCCUGGCAACCCUCUCAUCCUGGCAAACUAUGCUCAAUUCCUCUACCUCGUCGUCCGCGACCAUGAUAGAGCGGAGGAAUACUUCAAACGCGCAAUCAAGGGAGUAGAACCCCCGGAUGCGGAGUCGUUGAGCCGGUACGCGACCUUCUUGUGGGUGGCUCGAAAGGAUGUAUGCGGAGCGGAGGAGACAUUUCUAGAGGCCAUUGCGGCAGACCCAGGCAACAGUGCUCACGCAGCCAACUACGCUCACUUCCUUUGGAACACUGGUGCCGAGGACACAUGUUUCCCUCUCGACGCUCCCGACGACAUCGACAGCAACGACGCGUAGAGAAAUUGAAUGGUCAAAUUACUGAUAAAUACAUGCACCACAUUAUCCACCACUGCAGCACCGAUAGCCCCAACCCAAUCCCCCCUUCCCUUUAUCUUCUGUUGAUAUAACGAUUAUAAACAUAAAGAAAGCGAAAAGGAAAUCAAAUUAGUCAAAGAGUCUUUGAGCGAAGCUACAAAUGAAAUGCGAAACGUAUUCUUUUUUUGUUAAAUUCCUUUUUUCUCUAUAUUUUAUUCUCACAUUUCUUUAUCUUUUAUUUAGAAAAAAAAAUGUAUACCUCUUUUUCUUGGUUGGGUAACUGCAGCGAAUGAGAGAGGAUGGUAACUUGGCAGUUACAGUCUUACAGAGUGGAGAGGUGAUGGAUGAAUCCACGGUUGGGCGGUGGGCUAGCAACAAACGGCAUCAUGGGGGUGUCUCAUAUGUCUGUUGCUCGGUGUCAGGUCCAUUUUAGACACUUCUUUUAAGGUGCUUGUUUCCUUCUUCA